AUGAAGUCCACAUUUUCUCUGCUCAUUGCCGCAAUGGUGUGCGUUAACGUACUCCAUGCGGCGCCCCAUUCUCUAAGAGUCCUGAAUAAGCGACAAACGGCCACACCGACUGCAUCGGCUACGACGGUCUCUGACGGUGUUCCAGCCAAAGUCGAAACACCGGCUGUUGUUGCAACACCUGCUGUAAAAGCUGAUGUUCCUGUAUCUACUCCAGUCGUAGCUCCUGUUGCUGCUGUUCCAGUUGCUGCAGUUCCAGUCGCUGCUCCAACGGUAGUCUCUGCACCUGUCAAAGCUGCCGUGGUUGCAAAACCUGUUGAAGCUGAACCUGUUGAAGCCGAGCCUGUUGAAGUCGAGCCUGUUGAAGCCGAGCCUGUUGAAGCCGAGCCAGUUGAAGCCGAGCCAGUUGAAGCCGAGCCUGUUGAAGCCGAGCCUGUUGAAGCCGAGCCUGUUGAGGCUGAACCCGUUGAAGCCGAACCAGUUGAAGCCGAACCCGUUGAGGCUGAGCCCGCUGAAGCUGAGGUUGCUGAAGCUGAGGCUGGAGCUGCAAGAAGGAAACGACAGGCCACUUCAGCUGCCAAAGCUCCUGCUAAAACUGAAUCCAAAACUGAAACUGUCGUUGCAGCUGCCCCGGCUGUAGCUUCCCCGGCUGUAGCUGCUCCCGCUGUAACUGCUCCCGUUGUAGCUACUCCUGUUAAAGCCGCAGUCGACGCUAAACCUGUCGAAGAAGCCGAGCCAGUAGAAGCUGAGCCCGUCGAAGAAGCCGAACCCGUUGAAGCCGAACCCGUUGAAGCCGAACCCGUUGAAGCCGAACCCGUUGAAGCCGAACCCGUUGAAGCCGAACCCGUUGAAGCUGAGGCUACCGAAGCAGAGGCAACUGAAGCAGAGGCUGCUGAAGCUGGAGCUGCAAGAAGGAAACGACAGGCUACUCCAGCUGCCGAAGCUCCUGCUAAGACUGAAGCUAAGGCCGAAGCCCCCGCUCCCGCUAUAGCUGCUCCCGCUGUAGCUACUCCCGUUAAAGCCGCAGUCGACGCUAAACCUGUCGAAGAAGCCGAGCCAGUAGAAGCUGAGCCCGUCGAAGAAGCCGAACCUGUUGAAGCUGAACCUGUUGAAGCUGAACCUGUUGAAGCUGAACCUGUUGAAGCUGAACCUGUUGAAGCUGAACCAGUCGAAGCCGAACCAGUGGAAGCCGAGCCCGCUGAAGCUGAAGCUGCCGAAGCUGGAGCCGCAAGAAGGAAACGUCAGACUGUCACCGCUGAAGCGUCCGCUGGAACAUCUGCCACCGCCGGAACUGGAGCCGCCGCCGAUGCCACCGCAGCUGUUGCCACUCCCGCUGCCGCCGCUCCAGCUGCUGCCACUCCCGCACUUCCAGUCGCCCAUCCAUUCGAGGCUCCCAAGGACACACCUGAGGUGACUCAAGCAAAAGCAGCUCAUUUCGCCGCUCACGCUCAGAUCAAAGCGGCCCAAGCUGCAGCUGCUGCCCCCGCUGUUGCUCCUGCCACUGCUCCCGCAGUUCCAUCAGCUGCUGCACCUGCCACCGUCGCUGUGCCCAACGCAGAACCAGUUGAAGAGGCAGAGCCUGUUGAGGUGGAACCCAUCGAAGAAGCCGAGCCAGUGGAAGCCGAGCCCGUGGAAGCAGAGCCCGUGGAAGCAGAGCCAGUAGAAGCCGAGCCAGCGGAAGCCGAGCCAGCGGAAGCUGAGGCUGCCGGUGGAGCUGCGAGAAGGAAACGUGGUGCUGCUUUGCUUUAAAGUCUUUGAAAUUCUUCAAAGGCCAUGUCUCAGUUUCACAUAUGGUAUUCAGUUCGCCGAUGGAACGAUAAUGUGUUGCUUCCAGAUGCAAAAGAGUCAAUGACGCGAUGUUCAGGUUUCACUGAGGAGACAUUUUUGGUCAAUUUUAAUUGUAAAUUUAGUUUCUUUUUCCUCCCUGUAUUCAAAACAAGACAGGAAAUGUAAAAUAAAAAAAUUUUAAAC